AUGGAGCUCCUGAAGGACUAUGACAUCUCUAUUCUUUAUCUUCUAGGGAAAGCCACGAGUAUGGGUAGUUUAGUCCAUUUGAUUGUUUUCGAGCAUCCGUUGGCCAUGGAGGUUCAGACUCUGGCCAACAAUUUUGUUCGUCUUAAUAUUUUAGUUCGAGGCAUCUUAGCUUUUUUUGAGGUGAGAUUGUCUCUCUUAGAGCAGAUCAGGACUCAUCAGUUUGAGGAUGCUCAGUUGUGUAAGAUUCGAGAUAAGGCAGAGUUGGGUACUCAGUUGGACUUCAGUACAACUUUUCAUUCCCAGACUGAUGGUCAAUCCGAGAGGACUAUUCAGUUCUCACCCCUAGCGGCGUUUAUGUACAACAAUAUCUACCAUUCAAGUAUUGAUAUGGCGCUGUUCGAGGCUUUAUAUUGUAGGAGGUAUCGUUCUCCCUUUGGGUGGUUUGAUGCAUUUGAGAAGAUGUAUGUGGACAGGAAGGUUUGGGAUUUAGAGUUUUGGGUGGGCGAGCAAGUGCUUCUGAAGAUCUCACCCAUGAAGGGUGUUAUGGGAUUUGGGAAGAGGGGCAAGUUAAGUCAGAGGUAUCUUGGCCCAUUUGAGAUACUCCGUAGAGUUGGUGACGUUGCUUAUGAGUUGGCCUUACCACUAGGCCAGUCUGGUGUUCAUCCGGUCUUUCAUGUGUCUAUGUUAAAGAAGUACCAUUCUAAUGGUACUUACAUUGUCCGUUGGGAUUCAGUGUUGCUCGAUGAGAAUCUGACCUAUGAGGAUGAGCUGAUAGCGAUCUUGUAUAGGCGGUUCGGAAGUUGA